AUGCCUAGUUAUAAUCCAGAACAACUGGUGGAAGAUCGCCUAAGAGAAUCUAUCCGACAAUCGGCUGCUCAAAGACCAACAAAUCAUCAGGAUGACCCCACUUCAGUCAAGUUCCAUAGGCAUCAAUCGUAUAAUCAAUUACAAGCCUGGAUGGAACAAGUUGGAAUUGACAUGCAGCAACACAGACAAAUUAUUAAGGAUGUUUAUCGCAUUUUAGAUAAGAGAAUUGCAAUUUCAAAUAGAAGCAUUCAAAAUCUCAUUCAUUUCAUUAAGACUUUUGUGUAACAUGAAAAAUAAAACGUAGAGUACUUAAGAACUAAGAACAAGGAUAUCAAUAAACUAUUUCAAGAUGGAUAAACUUUGUACUAUCCUAAAUUAGAUGAAACUAUCAAAGAAAUUUGUAAUUAUGAUCAAGGUAAUGCCAUCAAAAUCCUCAAUCUCCUAGAUGGAAUUGACAAAUUUAUCAAAGAGAAGCUGGAUUUCAAUAUAGAGAUGUUUGAAACUGGAAUCUCAAUCCAUAGGGAUCAGUAUCGAAAAGCCUUUAGCAACUUUGCUUCCAGUUCCUCAAAACUCACCAAGUACCGCAGAAAACAUUAAGGGUUAUAUCAGAGACAAAUGCAAGGAGAGAACAAAGGAAAGGAUCUCUAUCAUACUGAACGUAAAUUGAUCGACUCCUUCCUUGAGAUGGCCAAAUUACAGAAGACUAUGGGACAAGCAGUCACGAGACUAUUUGAUGAAGUAAAAAAACAAGAAGUCCAUAGAUAUCAAAUUGUCGUCACUUCAUUAAGAAUGUACCUUGAUAAACAUGUGCAAUUGAGUCAAAGCAAACAAUAGUAGAUUUCAGCAUAAGAGGAACUGAUUUAUGGACUAAUUAAUUAAUUAGAACCUGAACAAGUAGUUCAAUCAUUUGAAGUAUCGAAUUUCUUAAGCCAAGAUGUUGCGAGGAUAGUGUAGAAAAUGCUUGGAAAAUAGUUGUUGACACUUCCAUAACUGUAAGAUUUCCUCUGCAAUUAUCCUGAUGCCUACAUUAAAUUGGGAAGUGUGCAAGAAAACCAUUCCUUAGUGAAGUUAAGAAUCAAAAAUGCGUAAAUAGAUUGUGGAAAUGUUUUGAAAACAUGGAAGCCCUGCCAAAUUAUAGCUACAAUUGAUAACAAUGUUCUUAUUUACCUUAAAGAAACCAAUGAGUUUAAAGGCAAAUUUUUAUGUGAUUCCUCAUAAAUUGUACAAAAGACACGAGUGCCUUUAACUGCAGAGAUUAAGUGUACCAAACCAGGUUUUAUUUUUGACUCUACCAAAACAGCUCUCCUGUAAUUAGAAGCUCAAGAUUUCGAUUCUCUCCAUGGCUUGUUAUUUAAAUAACCUAAAUGA